AUGGGUGCCACGACCUUCGGUACUGCCGUCGCAAUCUUUGUCAACACCUGGCUCGUCGGCUUGAUAGCCUUUGGGAUAGCAGCAACAGGGAUAUUCCUGCAUAUACUCGGAGCCGUCGACAGUACUAUAGGGUCGAGCGUACUGUUGUCUAUCGUUUGUGCUGCCACAUCGACUGUCUAUCUUAUACUGCAAAGUAUCAGCGUCUCGCAUACAAAGCAGUAUCGCUUCCACAGAUUGUCACUCGUCUCCUUCUGUGUACACUUGUCUCGUGCCUUGAUCGCUCUAUGGAUAGUCACCACUACCGUUGGCUUAUGGAGAGCGUUGGGACAACCAUUGUGCAAGAGCAGCGAUGUCAAGGCUGAUACUCCAGCUUGGGAAGCAGGGCUCGGUUGCUGGAUAUUCAGAGUUCUCGUGGCCUUGAAUGUGGUGAUGCUGAUCAUGAGUUUCUCACUCUUCAUUCUCACCGAGAUCAAUGGCCGCUACGUCCCAAUCGGCCUUUUCCAUUUCGAAUACUUGUCACACUCCUCCGCUCGUAACACCCCUGGCAGACACCGCCGUCGUACUCUGGUGAACUCAGCUUACGGAGACUCCGUCGAAUACCUUGCCAAUUCCAUGACCGUCACAUCCGAAGACGAACAAAAUCUGACUGGUUCAACCGAAAAGCAGCCUCGAUCCAACCGCGAUGAAUUUACAAUCUCUCCGUCGCCUACAUACCGCUCCAUCGACUUCGUCGGAGCCCGCUCAAAAGCACCUGCCAUGCCAGACCAUCGGCUCGACGCAUUGGACCAGGAGUCGAUCCUUAACUUGUCCUCUUCGCGUCAAUCUACAAUCACAACCACAACAUUCGCCACUGUUCCUCUCUCCCACUUCCCCACCACACCAACGAGUAACGCCCUUACAUCGUCGCAGCUCAAAUCACGUCACCUAUCAGCAUCCAAUUUCCCAGCUCUCCCAAGCUCGUUCCAGAAACAGUUGAAAGAACUCGAAGCUGCACAGAACGGGGCAGUGGCCAACACACCAAGUCCAGGAGCUCGUCCAGCACUUUACAACAUCACAAACACCUCUGCAGGAAAGCUGAAAUCAAGCUGUGCCUUGCCUCUUUCCACUCAAUCCAGCACCACACUGGCAACUACGAUCAAUGUCAUUGAAGCGCCAGAAGAGAAACAACCACGACCUCUGUCGGAAACCAUCGACAAGCCUGCGCCAGCUUGGUGCCCUACCAAUCUCAAAGCAGACCCUCUCUCCUCGGACCCGGCAAUCAAGCGUCUGACAGACUUUCGUCGAAACUCGAAACUGGGUCUCGACCGUGUCAGCCGACGCUUCAGUGUUGGAAGUCACGGCUUCGAGUUCGGCUUUGGUGGGAGCACAAGGGUUAAGCCUGACAGUGGAAAUUCCAACUCCAACGAUGUGAAGGAGGGUGCCGGUACCAAAGGCACAGAAAUGCAACCUACACCCACUACCGACACGAAGGUAGAAAAAGCUACUGAACCCAAGAAAGACGAGCCAACAAACACCUUGACUAAACCCACCACCGACACAAUUCAGCGCUACACCAAACAAUCUAAGCGCCCCGGAAAGAAUCUGAGCAUCAUGCCACCGCCCUUCCCGCCUCCUGCGCCUGAUCGGUCAGCUGCUCACGGUCAUGGCACCAGGCCUGUUUCAUCACAUAGUCAGAGUCGGAAACGAGGAAAGAGUAUGGUUGAGAGAGGGAGAUAUGAGAAGUUGCCACGUUGA